AUGAUAGUCGAGCAAAUGGAGUCGAUGGAAAAUCUGAUCAUCAUCAUCAUCAUCAUCAUCAUCAUCAUCAUCAUCAUCAUCAUCAUCAUCAUCAUCAUCAUCAUCAUCAUCAUCAUCAUCAUCAUCAUCAUCAUCAUCAUCAUCAUCAUCAUCAUCAUCAUCAUCAUCAUCAUCAUCAUCAUCAUCUCAUCAUCAUCAUCAUCAUCAUCAUCAUCAUCAUCAUCAUCAUCAUCAUCAUCAUCAUCAUCAUCAUCAUCAUCAUCAUCAUCAUCAUCAUCAUCAUCAUCAUCAUCAUCAUCAUCAUCAUCAUCAUCAUCAUCAUCAUCAUCAUCAUCAUCAUCAUCAUCAUCAUCAUCAUCAUCAUCAUCAUCAUCAUCAUCAUCAUCAUCAUCAUCAUCAUCAUCAUCAUCAUCAUCAUCAUCAUCAUCAUCAUCAUCAUCAUCAUCAUCAUCAUCAUCAUCAUCAUCAUCAUCAUCAUCAUCAUCAUCAUCAUCAUCAUCAUCAUCAUCAUCAUCAUCAUCAUCAUCAUCAUCAUCAUCAUCAUCAUCAUCAUCAUCAUCAUCAUCAUCAUCAUCAUCAUCAUCAUCAUCAUCAUCAUCAUCAUCAUCAUCAUCAUCAUCAUCAUCAUCAUCAUCAUCAUCAUCAUCAUCAUCAUCAUCAUCAUCAUCAUCAUCAUCAUCAUCAUCAUCAUCAUCAUCAUCAUCAUCAUCAUCAUCAUCAUCAUCAUCAUCAUCAUCAUCAUCAUCAUCAUCAUCAUCAUCAUCAUCAUCAUCAUCAUCAUCAUCAUCAUCAUCAUCAUCAUCAUCAUCAUCAUCAUCAUCAUCAUCAUCAUCAUCAUCAUCAUCAUCAUCAUCAUCAUCAUCAUCAUCAUCAUCAUCAUCAUCAUCAUCAUCAUCAUCAUCAUCAUCAUCAUCAUCAUCAUCAUCAUCAUCAUCAUCAUCAUCAUCAUCAUCAUCAUCAUCAUCAUCAUCAUCAUCAUCAUCAUCAUCAUCAUCAUCAUCAUCAUCAUCAUCAUCAUCAUCAUCAUCAUCAUCAUCAUCAUCAUCAUCAUCAUCAUCAUCAUCAUCAUCAUCAUCAUCAUCAUCAUCAUCAUCAUCAUCAUCAUCAUCAUCAUCAUCAUCAUCAUCAUCAUCAUCAUCAUCAUCAUCAUCAUCAUCAUCAUCAUCAUCAUCAUCAUCAUCAUCAUCAUCAUCAUCAUCAUCAUCAUCAUCAUCAUCAUCAUCAUCAUCAUCAUCAUCAUCAUCAUCAUCAUCAUCAUCAUCAUCAUCAUCAUCAUCAUCAUCAUCAUCAUCAUCAUCAUCAUCAUCAUCAUCAUCAUCAUCAUCAUCAUCAUCAUCAUCAUCAUCAUCAUCAUCAUCAUCAUCAUCAUCAUCAUCAUCAUCAUCAUCAUCAUCAUCAUCAUCAUCAUCAUCAUCAUCAUCAUCAUCAUCAUCAUCAUCAUCAUCAUCAUCAUCAUCAUCAUCAUCAUCAUCAUCAUCAUCAUCAUCAUCAUCAUCAUCAUCAUCAUCAUCAUCAUCAUCAUCAUCAUCAUCAUCAUCAUCAUCAUCAUCAUCAUCAUCAUCAUCAUCAUCAUCAUCAUCAUCAUCAUCAUCAUCAUCAUCAUCAUCAUCAUCAUCAUCAUCAUCAUCAUCAUCAUCAUCAUCAUCAUCAUCAUCAUCAUCAUCAUCAUCAUCAUCAUCAUCAUCAUCAUCAUCAUCAUCAUCAUCAUCAUCAUCAUCAUCAUCAUCAAUCACAUUCAACUCUUGCCGAAAUGUUAAAUUCUCAAAGUGA